GCCGUCCAAGAGUUGCGUGCGGUGCAGGGCCGCGAAGCUGAACUCACAAAGGACCUGGAGUCUGGGCGCCGCGAGCUGAAGAAAGCUCGAGAGGCCCACCAGAUCGAAGUGGACCUGUUGGCCGCAGAGUUGCAGCAGUUUCAGGACGAGCAGUGGCAGCUUGAGGGAAAGCUCCGGAACUCUGAGGCACAAGAGCCCAUUCUGCGCGCGCGUGCAGAGGAAGCUCAAGCUCAGGUCUUGGAGGAGUCGCGCAUCGGGCGCCGCUCACUUCAGCGGCAGCUGCGCACCUUCGAGGCACGGGAGCGAGAGACCGAGCUAGCUGCCGAGCAGCUCCGCCAAGAGCAGCAGCACCUCGUUGCGCAGUUGGCGGACGUGGAGGCAAAGUUGGUCGUCACCAAGGAGCAACUGCAGAAGGCCCGUGAGGACAAGCUCUCGGACCGGCAGCGCCUGGAGCGGCAGUUAGACAAGUUUCGCAACGAGCUUGGGGAGCAGCGGCAACUGCGCGAGGCCGUGGAGAAGGAAAAGACUUACGUAGAGCUGGGCGGAAACCGGCAGCAUCAGGAGCACACUGCUCAGAUUCGAGUCCUGCGAUCGGAAUCGAAGCAACUCACUGCACGCCUUGACUGUCUGGAGUCUUCAAGCGAGUCUCAGCAACGCGACCAUGCAGCCUCAGAGGCGGAAGCCGCAAGGCACAGAGAAGCAUUGGAGGAACGCGCCCAGGCAGCUGAAACCUGGGGUCAGGAGCUUGCCCGCCGGCUUCAGGAAGCUGAGGAUCGUCAUCGCCAGCUCAGCGACGAAAAGGAGGCGCACCGCCGGCAAAGCCAUGGCCACAUUACCGAGGCACACUCCUUCAUGUCUCGGCUUCUACAAGCCCUUGGGCACAAGGCGGACGAGCUUGUCGCCUUUGUAUCUGGCCACUGCCAUGCUUCCGAG